GAAAAAAGGUUAGCGCGGCCACUGCUCUCUGGCGUAGUUAACCAAGAUGAACCACGUGAUCAUCACGGCGGUGUCGACACACUUUACUGUUCCAGAAUCAUUCAAACGUGAAAACAUGACCUGACCUGAACGGCAGAAAAUGCUGUGUUGUUGCCGUACGACUAGGACAGCGCAACACUCGACGCUUCCUGUUUGCUAGUCAAACAUGGCGAUCGACGCGCUAGGACCACAACAUGGGGCCGGAUUGGGCGUCGACCGAACGUGGGGCUACAUCGCCACUUUCAGUUCCAUCCUCCUGUUUGCCGUCUUCAGCCUGGUUAUUAGGAUCAGCCUCCCAGCGCUGAAUAUCAAGGGUGAUCCGUGGAGAUGGAGCAAUCUAUUUAUUUCCAUGAUACACGCUCUCGUCUGUUCGGUGUGGAAUCUGAGUUGUUUCUUUCUGUAUCCGGACCAGUUCGUAGACCGGAUAGAUGGCGGUAACGCAUAUAUGUAUUUUCUCAUCACCUUCGCUACGGGUUACUUCACUUACGAUGUUCUGGAUAUUAUUUUUAACAAGAAGCUACAACAAACAUGGGAAGUAAUGGUUCAUCAUUUUGCAGUGUUGACGGUCUUCUGGUACAACAUGCACAUGAUGACGUGUAUUCCUUACUCGCUAAUAGCUCUCCUCACCGAGGUCAACACGGUGUUUCUGCACUGUCGCAAGCUCUAUCAGAUGAGCCGGUGCGACUUGGACCAUUGGACUUAUCGUCUGCUAGUUACCGUCAAUAUUGUUACUUUUGCGGUCUUCAGGGGCAUUGCCCUUGGCUGGAUAACGUACGGACUUACAGACGGCGAGCAGAAUGUCAGAAUAUCAGUUGUGUAUUACCGAUGUCUAUGGAUGUCCAUGAUGAUCAUGAACGUAAUCAAUCCAAUAUUCUUUUGGAAGUUGUUAAAGAGCGAUUUCUUGAGAAAGAGGAACAAAACACCUGUGGAUAAAGUUAUAUCAAAUGGUACAAACACCAAAACAAACUAAUGGGUAAGGGGAUAAGGAAGUAUGUCUGAACUCCCAUUAUCUCUAUGUCUAUAUCAUAUUUUUUUUUACUGGAUGUCCUGAAAAUUAAUGAUUUAAAAUC